UUAGUGAUUUCGUGAAAUUCUACUUUUUUAUUUUUUUGCAAAAUGUAAACCCAUUUGAAUAUUGUACAUGCAUUUGCAUAAGUUAAAAUGCCGAAAAAAUUAAUGCUUUAUCGUGAGAAAAUGGAUUGAAACUCGAAUAAUAUGCAGUUCGAGAUGUUGGCCGCUUAUUCCAGGUUUAUUGUUCGUCAUUCUUACCUCGUUCUUUUUACUGUAAGUAUUUUGUCCAUCGUACUUACUGUGAUCCCGCUAAUUCUACACGAGCUACCCUCAUUUUCUGAUCCCAUAGUCGGAUUUGAAACCCGGGGUACGACGUUAGCACAUCGCUUCAUUGCUUGGGAAAAUCUGAAUGACGAAACGAGGCCGUCCAAACGUCUUGCAGUGAACCCUAAAGAAAUUGAAGAUCAAAUCAGGAUGAACCGAACUUACUACAACAAGACUCACCAAGACAGAUCUAGAUCAGGACGCAGAAGGCCAAAAAAGAAGGAUCGAAACAAGAAAAACAAAAUGGUCCUGAAUAUCACAGGAUUAGAAAAAACUUGGUCUGAUUAUAGUGAAUUAAACAUUUCUGAUGGACAUGUACAUUGGGGUUUUGGAAUAAAUGUAACAAAUGAAGAUGAACAUGCUGUACUACUCAAAGACCAUUCCAGAAAACAGUGGUUGUCUUUGAAAAAUAUGCAGAGGAUAGCUGACAAGCCCAUCAAUCUUAAUUACGCUUCUGGAACGUGUGGUCCACCAAUAUCAGAUUAUGCUCACUUAGUUAUUACCAACACAGAUAAUUCGAGUUUAUUGUCAUACAAGAAUGUUGAGAGAUUGUGUAAAUUUCAGUCAUAUCUGGUUGAAUUAGGUGGGUAUGAAUAUUAUGAAUUAUGUCAGAGGACAACACACUCUGAAGAUAUUUGCUGUCCUGUAUGGAGUCUCCCAAAUUAUAUUGCUUUAAUAUCUGGAAAGGAUUCCUGUGUCAACUUAAACAAGGAAGAUGUAAAAAAAGCUGUAACUAUUUUGAAGAAAUGUGCAGGAUAUUUUCAUAAUUUUACAUUGAUGGCUGCUUGUGAUUUAGAUCACUGUAAUGUUCCGAAAUACUGUACUCAGCACAACGCAGUCUAUAAUUUGUUAUUUUAUCUUAUAGAUUCAGAAGCAUUUUCACCAUUGAAUAAUGCACAAAAGUUUGUAAAGAAUACAAUGCUGUUUUUGCCACUUCCAAGAAGUGAUACUGUAUUGCCAUAUUAUAAGAAACUGGAAAACUCAAAUAUGUCAUAUGACAAUCUUGUUAUACCAGCUAUUGAUUUUGGUUUGAAAAAUGCUCUUUUUGAUAUUUGGAUCAUUGAGGAUACUUGGUUGAUAGCAUUAGGUGGCAUUUUUGUGUUUGCAUGUGUGUGGAUAUAUACAAGAUCAUUAAUUCUCACGCUAUUUCUGUUUGCCGCCAUAACAUUUUCUUUGGGUAUAGCAUACUUCUUCUAUGUAUAUGUGUUUAAUUUGCAUUUUUUUCCCUUCAUGAAUUUGUUAGUAAUAGUAAUUGUAUUAGGUAUUGGUGCUGAUGAUGCAUUUAUUUAUGUUAAGAUAUGGAAAAUGAUUGGAAAGCAACUUAUCAAAGAUAAUGUGGUCUAUCAAGAAAAUGGUGUGCUAGAUAUCAAUAUUUCCAGUGCUGGUGAGACUAUUUUAGUCCAAAUUCUAGAAGAAACUAUGAGACAUUCUAUAGUUACUAUUUUUAUCACAACCUUGACUACUGCAGUUGCAUUUUAUGCAUCAUAUGUAAGUUAUAUUCCUGCCAUAAACUGUUUCAGUGUAUUUGCCGGAACAGCAGUUCUAGUCAACUUUGUUCUCAUGAUGACUUGGUUGCCUAUAUCAGUAUUCAUUGUAGAUGUUAAAUUGUAUGCAAGGAAAAAAACUUUUUUAGAUUUGGUCCACAAGAAUGUGAAUGAAAUGUGGGAAAAUAUCAGAAUUGUUUUAAACAGAUUUACUAUAAUAUGUGUUACAAAAUUCCAUAUAGCGUUUGUAGUGGUCAUGGGCGCUUUAGGAUUUAUUAGUUUGGUGGUGGUGUUUUACUCUCCGGGCCUACACUUGCCAGAUUCGAAACAAUUUCAACUUUUCCAAACUUCUCAUCCUUUUGAACAAUAUGAAAUGCAGUAUAGAGAUAAAUUUCUAUUUGAAAGAUUAAGCAAAGAUCUGGGCACCGGCACUAAAAUGCCUUUAAGGUGGGUAUGGGGUGUAAAAGCUAUUGACAAUGGAAAUCAUAUGGAUCCUGCUUCAAAGGGACACCUUGUGUUUGAUGAAAAUUUUUCAAUAUCAGAUCCCAAAUCGCAAUCUUGGUUGUUAGGGUUUUGUGCUCGAAUUAAAGGUCAACCCUUUUAUCAGCAGACCUUGGGUCCUUUACUCCCAAACUGCUUCAUUGAAAGCUUUAAAAUGUAUAUGAGUAGGCGAUGUAUUGAUAAUAUUGAUAAAAUAAAUAGAUCACCUUGUUGUGAGACAUCUAAAUUUCCAUACAAAAAAGAGGUCUUUGAUUUCUGUAUCAUAAAGGCAAUGGAAUCAUUGUAUCAAACGCCUAGAGAACUCUUUAUGCCUGGUGUAGCUGGCCCAAAAUUUUUAAGAAGUGCCAAACCCCCAAUUAUUGCUGCUCUUGUUGUUGAAUUUGAAAGUAUUGUUCCAUAUUCACUGUCCUAUUCUGAAAUGAAUAAGUUUUUCACUGAAGUCGAAAAAUGGACACAAACAGAAUUAGAAAACGCCCCAGCGGGAAUGAAAUGUGGCUGGUUUUUAUCUGAUUUUCAAUUCUAUGAUCUACAAAGAACUCUAGCAAGUGGUACCAUUGUAGCAUUACUGUUAUCUGCAGCUCUGGGCUUUAUAGUUUUGAUACCAGCUACAUUAAAUUUUGUAACGAGUGUAUGCGCUUUGACUGCAAUGAUAUUUUCAUCAACAGUUACAAUAGCUGUUCUAGUAAUAAAUAAUUGGAAGUUAAAUAUUUUAGAAAGUGUAGCGAUAUCAACAUCGGCUGGGCUAGCUGUGGAUUUCAGUCUUCACUAUGCCCUAAGCUACACAAACGCGUCAGGAAACAAAAGUGCUCGUGUUAAAUAUGCUCUAUCAGCAUCAUCGAGUCCGACUGCUGCGGCUGCACUAACUUCUGGAUUCGCUGGUGUGUUUUUAUUGAGAUCUAAUCUUCUACCGUAUUCACAAAUAGGUACGUUUCUAGUUUUAAUCAUGACGGUUAGUUGGACCUAUGCAACUUUCUUCCUUUGUUCGUUACUUCACAUUGUCGGUAGGAGUUCGAUAAAAGAAUCUCCAUCUCGGGAACGAAAACCAGUGUCUCGGGUUAAUUCUGUUUCUUCAGGUGUACCUAAUUUAGAAAGUCAUGAGUUAGAGCACUUGGCUGAUAGUAAUCGUACAAAUGUCACUCAUUCUCAAAGUCCGUCUAGUGUUAGCGCAACAACGGUAGUUUUACACGAUGACUACGAAACUCCUCAUUGCAAAAAUGGAAAAAAUAGCAUUAAAAAUAAUAUUAUAGUUGAUGAAAAUGACUGAAUGUUUAGAUGUAAUAUUAAUAAUAAGCAAAACCGAUUUGAUGCGUUCCUUUUUUACAGAUGAGCAGUAUUAUUUUUAAUACUUGUUUAGUGCAUAGUAUUUUUUUAUUACCAAUUGUUUAAUAGCAGUUGUGUGCUGUAACGGUGACACAUAUGUUAUUUUGAAAAUUGUAAGAACUAUACUAUUGUUGUGACAAUAAUUAUUGCGUAAAUUACUCGAUUGACAAUAUGAAAUCUCGUGGAGCUUAGUUGUUAAAGUUUAUUUUCAAUCGAAUGUAAUAGUAACUCAAUAGCCUAAUAGUAAUUUAAAUUUAAAUAAGCCACAAUCCUCAUUGACGUCUUUGGCUUAAUGAGCUAUAUGUAUGAUAAAUUAUAAUAGGUACUUAAAAAAAACGUCUGCGCGUUAAUAAGUAAGACGCACGGUGUACUCAUACCGAAGAUACUAUAAAUAUGCCGUAGUAGUUCGAAAGUUAAUAAACACUACAUGAAUGAAAACUUUGUGGUAUAUACAGGCUCAUGUAACCGCUGAAAACCUUUAUCAACGGCUAUAAAAACAAAAAGGAUCUCAAUAAUGUGACAGAUUAGUGGCAGCUACCCGUGCGGGUUCAUAAGACGUCCUUUUACCAUUAUGUAACUUCAUCCAGUCUCCUCCUUCUUAAUUUUUAUUUUUAUUUUUUAUUUAAAUGUAUAUGCUCCAUAAAAUCAAUAGAUUGCGUUUAAUUUUAGAAUUUGUGAAAAAUAUUAAAU